UGGAGGAGGCAACUGUCAAAUCCCUUCCCUCCAAAACAACACCCCAAUUUUUUUUUUUUAAUUCCAUAGAGGGAGAGCCUUAGAGAGAGAGAGAGAGAGAGAGAGCGCUGUGUAGGGUCCAGCAAUGGCGGGUGUAAUUACUCCGAUUCCAAGCGACAGUUACAAGCUAGGGUUCAUCGGAGCCGGAAAAAUGGCGGAGAGCAUCGCCAGAGGCGUCGUCAAAUCAGGCUUGUUGCCGGCUUCCAGGAUCCGAACCGCUCACCUCGGCUCCGCUCGCAGAGCUGCUUUCGAGUCCUUCGGCGUCAAAGUUGUCGAUCUCAAUAAUCAGGUAGUUGAAGACAGUGAUGUAAUCAUCUUCUCUGUCAAACCUCAGAUUGUUAAGGAAGUGGCCUUGCAAUUGAGACCACUACUGUCAGAGAAGCAGCUUCUGGUUUCUGUUGCUGCAGGAGUUAAUUUAGCAGAUCUCCAGGAAUGGGCCGGUCACAAUCGAUUUAUUAGGGUGAUACCGAAUACUCCUGCUGCUGUAGGGGAGGCGGCAUCAGUUAUGAGCUUGGGAGCAGCGGCAACAGAGGAAGAUGGAGAGUUAAUAGCUAAGUUGUUUGGGGCAAUUGGCAAGAUAUGGAAAGCUGAUGAGAAGCUGUUUGAUGCAAUAACUGGGCUGAGUGGCAGCGGCCCAGCAUAUAUUUACUUAGCAAUAGAGGCUUUGGCUGAUGGAGGGGUGGCUGCAGGAUUACCACGAGAACUCGCACUGGGCCUAGCUUCUCAAACU